UUGUGCAAAAGAUUAGCCGAUUGUUAGGAACAAUAUUUCUUGUUCAAACAGUAUUUGUCUCUCUCUCUCUAAUUGCUCCCUCUCUUGUGUUAGUUGCUUUCUCACAGCUAUCAUUAUUGAGCCUUAUUGUUGAUGAUAAUAAAUUUUAUUUGAUUUGCUUUUUUACUAGAAACUAUCUUUUACUUUUUUUACAAAAUGUUCACCAAAUCAGAGCAUUCAAGACAAGCAUCUCCUAUGAAAUGGAACUUCAAAGAAAAAUUCUCGCUGGAGCAAAGGAAAAAGGAAUCAACAGCAAUUAGAGAAAAAUAUCCUGACAAAAUUCCGAUAAUUGCUCAAAAAUCUCCAAAAUCUCAUCUUAAAGAUUUGGAAAAGUACAAGAUGCUUAUACCAUAUGAGGUGACUGUGGCUCAAUUGAUGUAUUUGCUUAGGGACCGACUUGAACUUACUCAAAGAGAAUCAAUUUAUCUCUUCAUUGAUCGAACUUUACCUCAGUCAAGUGCAUUGGUCGGUGAACUGUGGUUCAGGCAUCAGGAUGACGACGGCUUUUUGUACGUUAUGUUCAGCGAGGAAAACACUUUCGGGAAAUUCCAAGACUGGAUAUCGAUUAACUAGAUUUACUACAAUAACAUUUUAUUUUAAAUUUUUUAAAUAUUUACUAAAAAUUUACUAAUUGAUAAUAAAUUUGAUGGGUAAUUUGAGGCA